ACUUGCCAAGCGGCUUCAUGCCCUGAUCCUCUCUGGGCCGGUACCAACGGGCCCAAUCCCUGGAGAGAGCCGCUGAUCGGCCUCGAGGACACGAUUUUCUCCCGACGACUUCUUUCCGCAGGAAAGGGGCGAAUCUGUCUCUUAGCCCGGCCCCGAGCUGACACUCGCGUUGGGCGGCGUGUUUUUUCGCGCCGUACCCUCCUACGUCAGUUGGUCUCAUCCUCAGCCGGACCCAGGGCGCGGCGGGCCCCAACGCUCAAGUCACGUCACGAGCGGUGGGAUCCCUCCGCCGCGGGUAGACCAGUGUAGGUUGCACUCACUUGAGGGAAGACUUUGAGAGAUCCAUCCGCCACCGCCUCCGCCGCGGAGGGAGACAGGGACCCUGAGCGCGUCCCUGCGACCCCCCCCUUCCUACCGCAGAGAUCCACCACCACAGGCAGGAGGAAGGCUCAGAUGACACAAGUCAUUUUCUGUGAUUGGGGUGGGAAGCUGGAGGAAGGAAGGGGCAUCUUGUUUUCCUUGCCCUUUGGAUAUAGGCCCUUGUGGCCCCUGAAUUCCUCGGAGGCACCAAUCUCUGAUUCAGCCAUCUCCCCAGAUCUCCUUGGACACUGAAGAGCUAGUUGUGUAGCCCCCGGGGCCCUGCUGCCCUGCUGCCACCAUGAGUGAAUUGGAGCAGCUGAGACAGGAGGCUGAGCAGCUCCGGAAUCAGAUACGGGAUGCUCGGAAAGCAUGUGGGGAUUCAACAUUGACCCAGAUAACAGCUGGGCUGGACCCUGUUGGAAGAAUCCAAAUGAGAACAAGACGGACCCUCCGUGGUCACCUGGCAAAAAUCUAUGCCAUGCACUGGGGAACAGACUCAAGGCUGCUGGUCAGUGCUUCACAGGAUGGAAAACUCAUCAUCUGGGACAGUUAUACUACCAAUAAGGUCCAUGCUAUCCCUCUCCGAUCCUCUUGGGUCAUGACCUGUGCCUAUGCGCCUUCAGGGAAUUUUGUGGCUUGUGGGGGGUUAGACAACAUCUGCUCCAUCUACAGCCUCAAAACCCGAGAGGGCAAUGUUAGGGUCAGCAGAGAGCUGCCAGGCCACACUGGAUACCUAUCCUGCUGCCGCUUCUUAGAUGAUAACCAGAUCAUCACUAGCUCUGGAGAUACCACCUGUGCCCUGUGGGAUAUAGAAACAGGACAGCAGACAGUGGGCUUUGCAGGACACAGUGGGGAUGUAAUGUCCCUGUCUCUGGCUCCGGAUGGUCGAAGCUUUGUUUCUGGUGCCUGUGAUGCUUCCAUCAAGCUGUGGGAUGUUCGGGAUUCCAUGUGCCGUCAAACUUUUACAGGACAUGAGUCCGACAUCAAUGCUGUGGCCUUCUUUCCAAAUGGCUAUGCCUUCACCACGGGCUCUGAUGAUGCCACAUGCCGCCUCUUUGACCUUCGGGCUGACCAGGAACUACUCAUGUACUCUCAUGACAAUAUCAUCUGUGGCAUCACCUCAGUUGCCUUCUCCCGAAGUGGCCGGCUCCUGCUGGCUGGCUAUGAUGACUUUAAUUGCAACAUCUGGGAUGCCAUGAAAGGCGAUCGGGCAGGUGUCCUUGCUGGCCAUGAUAACCGCGUUAGCUGUCUUGGGGUGACUGAUGAUGGUAUGGCUGUAGCCACAGGUUCCUGGGACUCCUUCCUCAAGAUCUGGAAUUAGUUGCCAUACCCACAAUUUAUC